UUGAGAGUCCGACUGUUCUUCCCCAAAUUGACGACUCCUAAUUAAAUUUCAUUACUCUUCCAGAACUUUGGCUCUGCUCCCAUUCUCAUCUUCAUUCAUCAUCGUCAUCUCGACCAAUAUCAAGAGUAGUAGCUCAAGGUGGAAGAGGUAGGAUAGCUGGGAUUUUUAGGAUCGUUCGAGCUGCAGCUACCAUCUCUGGCCGAAAUUCUUUGUAGGUAAUUAACUCGCAUUCUCCUCGUUUUUGUUUCUGAAGUUCGAAAUAUAAAUGAAGAGGAUGAUAAGUAAUGAUCCGAGGUCUAGGGAUUUAGAAUUAGCAUCUUGUUUGAGAAAUUAAUUAUUUUCAUUCUUAAACUAGUUAUGUUUGGAUUCGAUACUCUUUAGGUCUGGUUUUGGGGGAAAAAAGAAAAACCUAAAUGGUUUUUGGGGUUAAGUUAGAGUCUGGUCCGUUAAAUGGGAUUGUAGUUUUAGGUUUAGUAGCUUAAACUUCAGGAAUUGAUAAACUGAAGUAGAUGACCAUAUUCAUUACACGGGCUAGCAAUAAGGAGUCGGGAUCGUAAAGGACAUUAGGUAUCGGGACAAGUGAAACUGGGGAUUUGGAAUCAGCCAUUACCACAUCUGGGUUGGACUUUCUAAGAUGGCUCAAACUACUGAGGGUGGUGCGACUGAAGAAGUGGAAAAAAUUCUUUUCAAUUUUAUGACUAAUGAAGAGGUGAAGAGGCACAGUGUUGUUAAAAUUAUCAAUCCACUUUUACUUGAUAGUUUGGGACGCCCAAUACCUGCUGGGCUCUAUGAUCCAGCCAUGGGCCCUUUUGAUGAAAUAUCUUCCUGCAAAUCAUGUGGUCAACGCGCAUAUAACUGCCCUGGUCAUUGUGGUCAUAUUGAGCUCGUUUCACCAGUAUACAAUCCCUUGCUCUUUAAUAGGCUCUACAAUCUAUUACAGCGAAUCUGUUUCUUUUGCUUUCGGUUCCGAGCCGAUAGAGAAGAGGUGGAUAGAUGUGUAUCUCGACUGAAACUCAUUUCAAAGGGUGAUGUCAUUGGGUCAAGAAAUUUGGAUUCCACAGAUUCACCAAACUUGGAUGCCUCUGAGGACAGUGAAGGUAGGCAUGUAUCCCAAGGUAAUAGAAACCCUGGUGCCGAAAUUCACUUGAAGCAGAUGGAACAAAGCUCUUGGGAUUCUUUUCAGUUUACCGAAGCUAUGUCUGUUUUAAACAAAUUUCUUAAGCCGCGGACCGCCAAGUGUCCUAAUUGCAAAGCUAAAAAUCCAAAGAUCACGAAACCAACUUUUGGAUGGUUUGAAUCGGGUCUUUCAGGCAUUGAAAUUCGUGGGAACAUAAUUAAAAGCCAUGGAUUAGAUGGUUUAACUGGCGGAUCUGAAGAAAGGUCUAUCUCUGAAGUUCUAAAUGAUAAUGACUCUGCACGGGAGAAGGAUCCUGAAGCAGCCGAAUCUGAUUCCGAUUCCUCCACCUCUGAUGGAACAAAAAGUACCAGGGUUACAAGACCUUCAUUUGAAACUAGUGUGUCACGGAAAUUCCAAAAACAUAAGAAUACCUUUUCUGGACCUUUGUUACCAACUGAGGUUAGAGAUGUUUUGAAGCAUCUGUGGGAAGCUGAGUCUUCCAUUUGUUCAUUUGUUUGUAACCUUAUGAGCGAGCAACUUUAUACAACCACCAAGGACGCUGGUCACUUGAUGUUUUUUCUUGACUCCGUUCUUGUACCGCCCACCAAAUUUCGUCCUCCAGCUAAAGGGGGCGAUUCAGUAAUGGAGCAUCCUCAUACUGUUUUGUUAGGCAAGGUACUGCAGUCUAAUAUAUCUUUAGGCAACGCUCACCAAAGUCAUGCUGAGCGGGAUAAGAUUGUUGGCCGUUGGAAGGAUCUUCAGCAAUCUAUAAAUGUUUUAUACAACAGUAAAACAGCUGUUGGUCAGAGUCAAAUGGGAAGUGAUGGGAUAUGCCAGUUCUUGGAGAAGAAGGAGGGUAUUUUCCGCCAGAAAAUGAUGGGAAAGAGGGUUAAUUUUGCUGCUCGGUCUGUUAUUUCUCCAGAUCCAUAUCUGGGAGUCAAUGAAAUCGGAAUUCCUCCAUAUUUUGCCUUGAAGCUAACAUAUCCGGAGAAAGUUACCUCAUGGAAUCUUGCCAAACUAAGGAAGGCUAUCAUUAAUGGCCCAGAUAUUCAUCCUGGAGCUUCAGCAUGUGCUGAUAAAGUUUCUACCAUUAAGCUUACCCAAUCCAGGAAAGCGCGUUCGACUAUAUCUAGAAAAUUGUUUUCUUCAAGAGGGGUUACUCAAACAGGGAAGAAUAGUGAGUAUGAAAUUGAAGGAAAAGUUGUCUAUCGACAUUUACAAGAUGGAGACAUUGUUCUCGUGAAUCGACAGCCUACCCUUCACAAGCCAAGUAUAAUGGCUCAUGUUGUUCGUGUAUUGAAAGGGGAGAAAACUCUACGCAUGCAUUAUGCAAAUUGCAGUUCGUACAAUGCUGAUUUUGAUGGUGAUGAAAUGAAUGUUCAUUUUCCUCAAGAUGAAAUUUCUCGUGCUGAAGCUUAUAACAUUGUCAAUGCCAAUGAGCAGUACAUCGUUCCCACAAAGGGCGACACUGUCAGAGGCUUGAUUCAGGAUCAUAUUGUUGGUGCUGUGCUCUUGACAUUGAAAGAUACAUGUUUGACCAAAAAUGAAUUCAAUCAACUUCUUUAUGGUUCUCUUGCUUGUUCUGGGAAUAUUUCUGAAUUAGUUUCUCAAGGUAUUGUCCAGCCAGGUUUGCCUGCUUAUUGGAAACCACUUCGCUGGACAGGGAAGCAGGUGAUUUCUGCACUGCUAAACCACUUGACAAGAGGGUGUGCUCCUUGUACAGUUGAAAAAGAGAUGAAAAUACCAAAGGAGUAUCUCCCAAGUGAGACUGUCACAAACCAACCACACAGUUUACUUGUUUGGAAAAAUGAGCUGGUAUGUGGUGUUAUUGACAAGGCUCAGUUUGGGCAAUUUGGCCUGGUGCAUACUGUACAAGAGCUAUAUGGGUCAAACACUGCUGGCUUCUUACUUUCUGCACUCAGCCGUCUUUGUACAAUCUUUUUACAGAUGCAUGGCUUCACCUGUGGGGUUGAGGACCUAAUAAUACUGCCCAGUUUCGAUGAUGAAAGAAAAGAGAAACUUGAAGGUGAAGAUGUUGGUGAAGGUGUUCAUUGUGACUUCGUCAAAAAAGGCCCCUUAAAACUGCAAUUGGAAGUUGAGAAAGUACUUAGCCGUGAUAGAGAGUCUGCUACAGCAUUAUUAGACAUGAAGAUGAAGAAUAAAUUAACUGAAAAGGCCAAUAAGAUCAGCAAGGAAUUACUUCGUCAAGGAUUGUUGAAACCCUUCCCAAAGAACUGCAUUUCUCUAAUGACGAUAAGUGGUGCUAAGGGUAGUACGGUCAACUUCCAGCAAAUAUCAUCUUAUCUGGGACAACAGGAGUUGGAAGGCAAGCGGGUUCCCCGUAUGGUAUCCGGAAAGACAUUGCCCUGUUUCCCACCAUGGGAUUUUACUUCAAGGGCUGGAGGCUACAUUACUGAUCGUUUCCUUUCCGGUCUUCGUCCCCAAGAAUAUUAUUUCCACUGCAUGGCAGGUCGAGAAGGUUUAGUAGAUACUGCUGUGAAAACUUCACGUAGUGGAUAUCUGCAACGGUGCUUGAUAAAGAACCUCGAGAGUCUGAAAGUAUGUUAUGAUUAUACUGUACGUGAUGCUGAUGGUUCCAUUGUUCAAUUCUUUUACGGGGAAGAUGGUGUUGAUGUUCAUAAGACCAGCUUCCUCAAAAACCUCAAAGCAUUGGCACUGAACGAGGAGACACUUCGUGAUAAAUAUAAACAUGAACAUGAGUUCAACAAUUAUAUUGUUGAGUUGCCAGUGCAGUUGGAAAAGCAAGCCAAAAGCUUUCUAGAGAAAUCCGAGACAGAAAAAUUGCUAAAAGAGUUGGAAUCGCUGAAAAGGUGGGAUUUGCAAGAAGAGUGGAAAAAGAAUGAAAAAAGCUUUCUAGAACAAUCGGAAAAAUUGCUAAAAGAGUUGAAGUCGCUUAAAAAGUUGGACUUGCAAGAAGAGUGGGGAGAGAGAGAGAAAAGGUGUAUUGAAGAAGCCAAGAAAGAGUUGCAAGAGAAGAAAUGGCUGUCGCCAAAAGAGUUGGCAAGGAAAGCAGAGGAAAAUCUUCUAGGAUCAGUGAAAGAGAGAAGAACAGGAUUCCUAAAAGCAGUGAAGGAGAGAAGAAAUAGCUUUCUAGAAGCAGUGAAAGGGAAAGCAAAGAGCUUUCUAAAAGCAGUGAAGGCAGAGGAGUUUCUGGAAGAAGCCAAUACAGAGUUGCAUAAAGAGUUGGAAGAGAAUGAAAACAGCUCUCUGAAAACCCUGAGGGGUAAGGUGUUGCCAGAAGAGUUGGCAAAGAAUGCAGAACGCGUUCUUGAAGCAGUGAAGAUGAAAGAGAGAAGAGUAGAUGCAGUGAAAGAAAGAAGAAAUAGCUUCCUAGAAGCAGUGAAAGAAAGAAGAAACAGCUUCGUAGAAGCAGUGAAAGGGAAAGCAAAGAGCUUUCUAGAAGCAGCGAAGGCAGAGGGAGUGCCAGAAGAGUUGGAAGAGCAAGCAACAUGCUUUCUAGAACUAGUGAAGAAAGAGGACUUUCUAGAAGAAGCCAACGCAGAGUUGCUUUUAGAGUUGGAAGAAGAUGAAAAAAGCUUUCUAAAAGCAGUGAAGAGGGAAGUGUUGCCAAAAGAGUUGGGAGAGCAAGCAAAAUGCGUUCUUGAAGCGGUGAAGAUACAGGAUCUAAAGCAGUUUUUAAAGCUACUGACGCAGAAAUAUCUUUCGAGUCUUGCCCCGGCUGGAGAACCCGUUGGCGUCAUAGCUGCUCAGUCGAUUGGUGAACCAUCAACCCAGAUGACAUUGAACACUUUUCAUCUUGCUGGUCGUGGUGAAAUGAACGUUACUCUUGGUAUUCCACGUCUCCAGGAGAUCCUGAAGACUGCUGCUGUUGUUAUCAAAACUCCUGUUUUGACAUGCCCAUUCUUACAGUUCAAGUUCAAGGCUGAUGCUCAGUCUCGGGUUGAUGAAGCCAUGAAGAUCACUGUUGCUCAUAUCAUAGAGACCAUGGAAGUACAUAUUUUGCCACUCUCUGUGCACAACAAUGAGGUGAGCAGAAUAUAUAAACUUAUAAUGACUUUCAAAUGUCACAGCUUACUUUCCCCAGAAGAUUGUGAGGAGACUCUUUCACAUGGUUUCUUGAGGGGAUUGGAGGAUGCAAUCGAAAAUCAUAUUGCCCUGCUGGCCAAGAUUAGUGGCAUAAAGAAUUACAAGUCAAAUUCGCGCCCCCAGGAAAAUGAAAUGGAUGAGGAUGUUUCUUUGACAUCUCACGGGAAGGAAUCUGAUGUGGAUGAGGAUGGUGAUGGUGGGGAUGAUGACAACGAUGCCAAUGCUGAUGAUCUUGGUUCUGAUUCACAAAAGAGGAAACAGCAGGGUACUGAUGAGAUUGACUAUGAAGAUGCUUCUGGAGAUGAGUCAGCUGAUGAGAGUGAACAAGGAGUAGCUGGUGAGUCCAAUGACGAGCAUGGAAUUGGAGAAGAUGAGGAAAUUGUCAAUGUUGAUUAUGAGCAUGCUUCUGAAAUCCCAAAUGAUGAGAUGGAAAUGUCAAGACAUAAAUCAAGUGAUAGAUCGGCAUCAUCAGCAAGUAAAAGAAGGAACAGAUCGAGAAAAGUCUUUGUUGGCAAGCAAACGGAUAGACAUGUGUUUGUGGAAGUCAAGGGGGGAAAGUUUGAGGCACAUUUCCGAUUUACCAAUGAACCUCAUAUUUUGCUGGCACAGAUUGCUCAGAGGACUGCAAAAAAUGUGUACAUCAAGAGCUCCGGUAAGAUCAGUCAAUGUAAAUUGGUUGAGCAUGAUGUAAGUGAAAAUUCAGUUAUUUGGGACAAGGAAAAAGUCAAAUUGAAGGACCAAUUCGAGGAUGAGUCGUAUUGGGCACUGAAGGCUGCUGGAGUCGAUUUUACUGCUUUUUGGGAAAUGCAAGAUGAGCUUGAUGUUACACGGGUAUACUCCAAUAGUGUCCAUGCUAUGUUGACAACAUAUGGAGUGGAAGCAGCUCGAGCAACCAUCAUAAGAGAGGUGAAGAAUGUAUUCGGCAAUUAUGGAGUGCAAGUUGACAGCCGUCAUUUAAGCUUAAUCGCAGACUACAUGACCCAAACAGGUGGCUACCGGCCAAUGAGCAGAUAUGGAUGUGUAACAGAUACAUUAUCACCUUUAUCUAAGAUGUCUUUUGAGACAGCAUCGAAGUUCUUAGUUGAAGCUGCAUCUUUUGGGAUGAGCGACGACUUGGAGACACCAUCAGCCAGAAUUUGUCUAGGCUUGCCAGUCAAGAUGGGUACUGGUUGUUUCGACUUGAUGCAGCAGUUUGAAAUUUGAAGACCAGCAGUUUUGUAGGUUCAUCAUUUGAGAGUAAAUGUGAUAGGAAUUGGGGUUGUCGCGUUUAUUGGUUAAGACUAAAGAAUUGGUUUUUAUAAUCGAGCGUGACAGAAAAAUUUUGGAGGAUAUUAGGUAGCUUAACACUAUUUGUAGCUAACAUAAGUUAUGGUUUGCGAAGCUCGUGCCUCUGCGUGUAUUCCUGUAAAACACAUACUAUAAUUUUUUGUUAUGAGAUCGGGUACAGCUUCAACCAGUCCUUUUAAGACCGACAUGUCUGCUUGGUUAAAGGGGUUAAAAGCUCUGUGUUAAAGCUCGAAUAAUUUUACUCCACUUUUCGUCAAUAGUUAUGGAAGAUUAAUUUCUUAA